CAAUUGACUUAAACUAAAUGUUAAACACAUUUAAACAAACGAUUAAAACAUGUGUUGGUUUGGGACGGAUGUGGGAACACACUGUACCCCCGAUGCGAGGGGUGAGCGCAAGUGUGCGGCGAUGUGUGAGUACGGGUGGUGUGGUGUGUACGUACCAAUACGACCCUGAUCUAUUCAAACCCUAUCCUGAACCCAAACGAUGGCCGGAAAAAAAUCUUGUGGUUUUGCAGCCAACAGGACUAUCGGAUCCGCAAAACAUACGGACUUAUUGUCAUUUUAGAGCAAACAUUAAAUACUCGCCCAAAAAAAUGUGGUUUAUAUCGAGUUUUAUAAGGGGUAUGUCUAUAGACGAGGCGAUUAAACAGUUGUCAUUUGUGCCUAAAAAAGGGGCGCAAAUCGUGAUGGAAGUGCUUCGAGAGGCACAGGAGGUGGCGGUUCGCGACCAUAACUUUGAAUUGGCGUCCAAUAUGUGGAUCGGAGAGAGUUUUGCCACAAAAGGAUAUGUUAUGAAAGGGAUGCGAAAACACGCGCGCAUGAGAUUCGGGGAGAUUCGCUAUUUUCACACCCAUUACUUCGUUAGACUCGUUGAGGGACAGCCGCCACACGACUAUUACGGCAGUCAACCCGAUGGCAACCAACGUAUCACACAAUGGCUCCAAGCCCUCAGCCACAGACGUAUUGAUUACGGCCUCUAAUCCCUAUCCAAAUCAUAAUCCAUUAGUUCUAUUAACUCGAAAAUCAAUAUUAUUUCACUUAUAAUUCAAUAAACAUUUGGUUUCGAUUUAAAAA